CCGAUUUCAAGCUCGAUUUCUCCAACAUAAAACCACCGAAAAUGAGCGCUCCUUCAAACUACCUCAUCACCGGUGCCAACCGCGGCAUCGGUAAGGGCUUUGUCCAACGCAUAUUGCAGAAGGACUCAACCACAGUUGUCGCCGCUGUCCGCGACCCCUUGCACCCAACGUCUAAAGCCCUCGCCGAUUUGCCGAAGGGAGCCGGCACGAAGCUUAUUAUCGUCAAGCUGGACUCUGCUGUGGAGGAAGACGCUAUCAGAGCAGUGGCUCAACUCCGCGACCAAGGCAUCACUUUCCUGGACAUUGUCAUUGCCAACGCCGGAAUCGGCCAGGACGGCACCAGUGUCCGUAACACCUCAGUCGCCAACACACUCAAGCACUUUAACACCAAUGUUUUCGGUCCUUUGACCCUUUUCCAAGCCACAGCAGACUUACUCAAGGCCAGCAAGACAGGAACCCCUAAGUUCAUUGCCAUUUCCAGCUUCAUAGGCUCUAUUGGCUCGCAGGAACUCUAUGUCAAAUUUACUGGGGCAUCGAGCCCGUACGGCGCCUCCAAAGCGGCUCUGAACUGGUUUAUCCGUCUCAUCUCUUUCGAGGAACCUUGGCUGACAAGCUUCGUAUUCCACCCUGGGUUGGUGGAGACGGAUCUUGCGGCUGGUAGCGGGAUGGACCUGAAAACUUUGGGCGCCAUUUCGGUGGAGACGAGCGUAUCCAAUAUGGUUAAAACGACAUUUGACAUCAAGCCUGAAGAGCUUACUGGAUCUUUCCGUAACCAUGAUGGUACCAUUAUCCCCUGGUAGAAUGCUGCGCUUGGCGCCCCAUUCGCAGCUUAGCUAGAUAUAUACUACCUUGAAGUUCGU